CUCUCCCGCUGCCAUUCACACACACGCCCUGUUGCCAAGUGACCUUGGUGAGUGGCAGACUGGCGAUCCAGUGAAGAGCUGAACUUGAGCAUCGGACUUCACCCGGGCGGGCAGUUGGAGGGAGCAGGAGACAGAGGUUUGGAGAAGCGAGCAGGGACUGUACAACACAGCUUGACUGUCACCUCGCCAGGAACACUGCCGUGUGUGGGAAGGAGCCGGCAGAGAGGAUUGGAGUGGACAACAUGCAGGCACAGGAGGCUCCGAUAUUCCUGAUUUCCAAGCAUACGAGUGUCCAGCUGGCACAGCAAACCAAUGGAAUCUUCCGGAAGCGAGUUUCUCCCGAGCGGGAUCCUGAGACGGGGGUCUCUCCCGCCCACGAUGGGCUGCCUUGGCCGGAGAUGACCAGGGAGUUCACCGUGGCCACUGGCUCCAGCAGUGGACGUCUGCAGGUUCCAGAGAUGAAUGGAGUUGGAGGAGAGGGAGCGAGGGGGCCCUCGUGUGUCACGGAUGGAGUGUCCACAGGUCUAGAGACCCCACCCCCCUCGCCCCCCACGGGUCUGGUCACUGGGGCCGUGGUCAAGCCAAAGGCGUCCACGCUGGAGAGGAUCUGGGUGAAAUAUGACGGGGCUGGGCCCACGGAUGAAGCAGGCAUGCCCAUCGCCUCCCGACCGAGCGUGGACAAACCGCGGGACUGGUACAGGAAAAUGUUCAGCCAGAUCCACUACAAACUCACAGGCACGGAGUCCGGUGUAACCGAUGUCACCGACACAUGGCACGACCAGCAUGUUGCGGACACACCGGGACUGGAUCCAGAGACACGCAACGCACAGGAGGAUCCAGAUAUCUUCACCGAAUGGGAGCUGCGAGCCGCCGCGUUGAACAACGACAGACACAAACUGCAGGCAGAGCAUCGAAGUAUCUACACCUACCUGCCCGGAAACUGCUCCGCACUACUGCCCGACCCACAGAGGCAUGUUAGUCCCACCAGGAGCCGGGUGUCCUCAGUUGAGGUGGCCCUGGAGGCAGAGUUGGCCCAGUUGGAAGCAGAGUUGGAUUCUGACCUCGAGAAGAUCAGACUGCGCCUGUCACAGAGAGACGGCAGCUCCCAGGUCGGCUGGGGCAGGGAGCUGGUGGACAGGCUGGUGCAGAGUGGCGGCGGUACAACAGGUGGAGCACAGGGGCCAGUAUCAGAUCCCAACUUUGUAGCGCCCCAGACAAAGUCCACAAUUUUGGGGUCAGGGUCUGGAGUUCAGCAGUGUGUGUGUCUCUCUCGUUGUCCCGCAGGUUCUGGCAAUGGUGAGAGCAGUCCUGAUGGGACCACGGAGAGGCCAGGCGGCUCAGAGACGUCCAAGAUGAAGGCAGCUCGAGCCAAAUUCGACUUCCAAGCCCAGACUCCAAAGGAGCUCACACUACAAGGGGAUGUCGUUUACAUCCACAAAGUCCUCGACCCGAACUGGAUGAAAGGGGAGCAUCACGGGAGGCUUGGCAUCUUCCCCACGUCCUACGUUGAGAUAAUCCCCGCUCACGAGAGACCGACUCCCAUUAAAACUCCCCCCACACAUCUGGUGGAGUACGGGGAAGCCCUGGCCAUCUUCAACUUCAAAGCCGACUCCACCGUGGAGCUGGCCUUCCGCAAGGGUGAAACCAUCUCACUCACCCGCAAGGUCGAUGACAAUUGGCUCGACGGGAGAAUUACCGGGACCAAUCGGCAGGGCAUCUUCCCAGCCAACUACGUCCAGGUGGUGAAGUGGCCAAAGAUCAAGGUCUCCAAUAAGUUUUCCAUUGGUCCAACCUCACCCAACCCCAACUUCCCCAAGCCCCCGACCAGCCCCAUCUCCAAGCAUCAGGCCAACACCAUGAUGGUCCCAUGCCCGCUCUCCCCCAACCCCUCUCCAGCCGGCACAGCCCAGACACACCCCUACACCUCGCCCGGCCCCAGCGCCAAGCUCCAAGCCCCCUCCUCAAUGAUGACCCCAAACCAGCCCGGCCCCAACCCCCCCCUGACUCCCAAAGCCCACUCUUACACCAACACCCACCCCGACACCAACGCCCAACCAAUGCCCAGAAACCCAAUCGUACCCCGUCCCUCAACAGUGCCCACAACUCCAUCCGAUCAUAGAACCUCGGCACUCCACAAAGCCCAGACCCACCCUAAUAUCUCACCAUCCCCUCAAACCCACCAGUACCCCAAUAUCUCACCAUCCCCCCAAAUUCACCAGUACCCCAACAUCUCACCCCCCCAAACCCACCAGUACCCCAAUAUCUCACCAUCCCCCCAAACCCACCAGUACCCCAAUAUCUCACCAUCCCCUCAAACCCACCAGUACCCCAAUAUCUCACCGUCCCCCCAAAUUCACCAGUACCCCAAUAUCUCACCAUCCCCUCAAACCCACCAGUACCCCAGUAGUUCACCGUCCCCCCAAAUUCACCAGUACCCCAAUAUCUCACCGUCCCCCCAAAUUCACCAGUACCCCAACAUCUCACCGUCUCCCCAAAUUCACCAGUACCCCAAUAUCUCACCAUCCCCCCAAACCAACCACUUCUUCAACAGCUCGCUGACCAACAUAAGCCCAGACCACGGCAACAUUGCACGGACCUCCCCUAUCCAGUCUUACCCCAACAUCUCAUCAACGUCCCCAGCCCAGCCCCCGCCCAAAGCCAACCACUACCCCAACACACAAACCCCCACAGCCCAAACUCACCCCAAAACUUUGUCCAUUCCCCAAACCCAAGUCCACUUCGUCAUCUCACCAAUGCCCUCAUCCCAGCCCCAUCCCAUCGCAAUGCCCCCCACAUCCCAGCCCCAUCCCAUCUCAAUGCCCCCCACAUCCCAGCCCCAUCCCCAUCUCAAUGCCCCCCACAUCCCAGCCCCAUCCCAUCUCAAUACCUUCAUCCCAGCCCCAUCCCAUCUCAAUGCCCUCAUCCCAGCCCCAUCCCAUCUCAAUGCCCUCAUCCCAGCCCCAUCCCAUCUCAAUGCCCUCAUCCCAGCCCCAUCCCAUCUCAAUGCCCCCCCACAUCCCCCACCCCAUCCCAUCCAAGCCCCAUCCCAGCCCCAUCCCACCACUGCACCACCCCCCCACGCCAGCCCCUACGCCCCCCCCCCACAGCCCUCCACUUUCUCCCCCGCUCCCCCAAUGGACCCCACCACCUCAUUGACCAGAUUACCAGCCAACCAGCACUGGCAGCCCGUUCGGCCGGCCAAUGGGCAUGAGGACGUGCCGCCCGGCGCUGCCCAAUGGCCCCUCCGGCCAUCACCGUCUCCACGGACACUGCCGGCACCGGGAGUCAUGGCAACCACCGCCUCCGCCCAGCAACCUGCCCAGGGGUCGCAGACAGAGGUCGCGAGGGGAGGGGGCUGGAGCACGUACCGGGCUCUGUACAACUACCAGCCACUCAACAGUGACGAGCUGGAGCUGCGGGAGGGAGAGUUGGUGGACGUGAUGGAGAUGUGUGAUGAUGGCUGGUUUGUGGGAACCUCUCAACGGACGUGUCGGUUCGGAACCUUCCCCGGGAACUACGUGAGGCCUGUCUGACCCCCGUCUACCCCAUGUCUGGUCCCUGUCUGGACCCCGUCUGACCCCCUCCCCCCGCGGGGAGAGUGGGCUGUGGGGGGAGCAGAUCGGGGCCUGUGGGAGGGGUACAUUCUGUUUCAGGGGCACAGUAGCAGUUUCAGGGGUACAGAGGCCAUCAAAGGGGGUUCAGGUGCUUUGAGGGGGUUCAGGGAGGAGUGAAAUACAGGAGGGUCGAGGGGGGUCACAGAGGGUCCCAGGUCAGAGGUCAGCGAGAGGUCAUCACCCCCCCUUUCUCUUAAUCAAAAUCAAAAAUGAAAUAUAAUCACUUAUUGCAAGAAUAUAUACAAUAGAAACCAAUAUCGAACAAACCCUCCACCCUAAUAUAAAAUUACCCGACUAACUAAACAAAUAUUCUAAACUCUUCUAUGAUCUUAUACAACUGUGUUACAAUCCUUGUCAGGGAUGUAUUUCACCCCCAGUGGUCCCGGAAAUCCCCCAGCGCGUGCUCCCUCUCUAACUCCACCCGGGCACGGACUUUACCCCGAACAAGGGGCGGGCAGCCGGCUCGGGCAGAGCGCUCUGCCGCCUGGCGCCGUGACCCGUGGAUGGCUAGCUUGGCCAGGCCCAAGGAGCAACCCAACCAGGACAUCUUCAGCCCCAAACCCUCUCCCCCUACGCACAGGGUGUCCAAAGAUGAGGGUGGUGGGUGUGAAGGCGAGGAGCAGCCCCUUUAGAUAUUGGAACAGGGGCGGCAACCUCACAUGCUCCAUGUACACGUGGAACACAGACUCUUCCAGCCCGCGAUCGUGGCGAGUCUGUGAACCGUGAGAGAAACAGGUUGCACAGGACUCCUCGAUGCAGUAGCCCCCAACCCAGGUCCCCGAUGUAGAGGGGUCACCCCCCUCUUAGGGUCAACGGCAGUGAGAGAGAGGGGGGAGGUCAGCAUCCAUAUCAGGGUCCUGGGGGGAGAGGAGGAACCAGAUGCAUGUGGUGGUGGGGGUUGGGAGGCAGUGAGUCGUGUCGGAGGGGGCCAGUGUGGUGAGGGCAUGGUGCGAUCCCAGCCGGGUGGGGGUGGGGUCUCCCCAACUUGAUCCCAACGUCAGCCAAUCGCCUGUAAAACCUGUUUCACUUCAAUAAAUGGAUGUGAGAUCCAGGCUCUGUCCUCAUGUACAUGGGUCAGUCGGUCACUCAGUGGGGUCACCACACCCGCACGGAUCAGCCUAGAGGGGUGACCCCCCUCCAACACUGACCAAACCCGCCCCAAACUCUGACCCUGAAGGACCUGAGGAAGCACAGGUAGAGCUGCUGCCUCACGGCGCCAGAGACCCAGGUUCGAUCCCGACUACGGGCGCUGUCUGUAUGGAGCAAGGGGGAGGGGACGAUGGUUCGCUGGACAACUGGACAAUCCGGACGGAGGCGACGGCUGGAGGCCCAGCAGCAGCCUGGGGCUCGCCUGGAUCGGGCCCCGCUCCUGGAGACCGAUUUUGGAGUCUUGCAUGCUGCCUCAGUGGACUGUUUCUGUACACCUUGCUAAUCGGGGAUUGUGCUCAGCUUUGCUUGUACUUUACUGAACUGUAAUGCAAAAAAAUGAAUCUCUCUGUGAGUUUGUACAUGUGACAAUAAAACACAUAUUGACCAU